AUGCUUCCUUCAGUAUCUGUUGCAGCUGAGAUUUGUUCUUCAUCGGUAUCAGAGAUGCCUCAGGAAUUAGCUCGUCAUCUUUUCGAGACUGGUGCUUUCCUGAUUUUUACUGGUGUACCUGAAGGAACUGAAUUUGGAAUUGAUUACAAAUCAUGGCACGUCGGUCCAAAAUUCAGUGGUUUGAAGAUGAUUCCGCCUGGCGUUCAUUUCGUUUACUUCAGUGUCAAAACAGCUCCUCGUAUAGGAUUCUUUCAUUGCUUCAAAGAGCAAGAGAUUGUCGUGCGUAAAUGGGAUCUUACUCAAGAAGAUCUAUCGAAUGAUGUGCUAACUGGAGAUGAAAUCGAUCGAAUACGUUCAAAUCUCAAAACUCUUGAUAAUCGACUUGCUCCGUAUCCAUACGAGAACUAUCGAAGUUGGUUUGCGUUGAGUAAUCAUAUAAAAGAGAAGACCAUCGAACGUUUGAAUCCUCAAGAUGCACGUGCACGUGGCCGUAUAAGUGGUCAGGCUGAACUAAUCACUCUAGAAUCUGAAGUGGAAGCGAAUUUGGGUAUUAGCUCAUCACGAGUCGAUCGUGAACAUCCAACGCGAUUUCGAUUCGCUGACGAGAAUGGUUUGCCUAUAAUGCGUAUCAAAGAAGGUUUCAGCAUUCGAUACACACAGCUCGAACCUCCAUCAGUGAGUGAUUCUGGUGUUGUCAAUACUAUGCUUGAUCACAGUGAAAAACUUGAUGGAAUAAUCGCAGGUCUCGAUGGCGAUUCCGAUGAACUUUUGGCAGAAAUUCAGUUCGCAUUUAUUUGUUUCCUUAUGGGUCAGGUAUAUGAGGGUUUCGAGCAAUGGAAACGUCUCAUUCAUUUGCUUUGCAGUUGUCAGCUAGCAUUGUGCACUCAUUCGGAUCUCUAUAUGGCAUUGUUACCGGUCAUUCACUUCCAGUUGAAAGAAUGCCCUAAGGAUUUUUUCGUCGAUAUCGUUUCAAAAGAUAAUUUUCUCACAACGACACUCUCACGAUUAUUCGCCAACAUCGAAGAUUCGGAGAAUGCGAAAGCGGUCUUAAAAGAAAAAUCAACGAAAUUCAAAACUUUCCUCACGAAAUGUUUUCGUUGGAACUUUGACGUUGGAAAUGACUAA